UUUGUAAUGUACUCAGUAGUCUUUUGAAAACAUGACUGUGUAUAAUGUAAAAAUGAACAUGCAGCAAGCAAUUUGUGUUGACCAGAAUUAAGGAGAUAAUUAUGGGAAAUUUUCACGGGUCUUGGAAUUCAUUUCAAAAUGCUUCGGAAGAGCCGCGAAAUCGAUGGUGGUUUUUGUUUACGAACUCAUACCGAUGGGAUCCUCGGCUCAACGAAAAGAUGAGGGAGCUGUUUGAGUCCCGAGGCUCCCAUUGGUUGAGUAAGAAGCUAAAGAAACAUAGAGGAAGUGAUGUGAAGCCAGCUGUGAAGCCCGAAUGGGUAGCGGAUAAUGAUUGGUUGACAAUGACAAUAUAUUGGGCCAGUGACGAGUUUAAGAAGAAGAGUACUGUUGGAAGUAAAAAUAGGAAUACCCCUGCUGCCAUCCAGUCUCAGUACAGAGGUGGUAGAAGUUGUGUGGAUGCACAUGCUGAAAAAUUGGCCGCGGAGUUGAAUCGGGAGCCGCUUUCUAUUGAAGUUUAUGAAAAGUGCUAUGUCCCGAAGACGGGUGAUCCGCCGCCUCGUGUUCAAGAAGUCCUUAGCAAGUACAAUGAACUGAAGGAGCAAGCUGCCACUCAAUCGGAUAGUCAAAUAUCCGCAAUCGAAGACAAUGAUUUGUUUUUGAAAGCCACGCCAAAGUACAAGAGCCGCCAGUUCGGGCAUGGCAGUCGGGCUAAAACUACAGUGCUGGAUUCAUCCUCGGUGAUCGGCCCCCUUGGUCCUACUCCUGAAGAAGUUGAAGCAAUUCAACAAAAAUUGCAGGCCCAAAAUGAUAAAAUACUUCAACAAGAAAAAAAACAGAAGGAACAAGAUGCACAAAUGGCAGCUAUGUCGGGUUGCUUUUCUGCUAUUUUACAGCAAUUAAAAACUACCAACCCCAACAUAGUGAUACCCGAGUUUCCCUUCCAGGCUCAGCCAGACACGACUCAGCUAUCCCCGAAUCAGCGUGCCUCCCUGACUCAAGUAGCCCCGACUCAGCCAGGUGCAUUGAAUGUUGAUGACUUUUUCGGUGAUGACUUUGUCCCUCUUAAUGGUCUGUAAUGUUAACACCUGCCUCCUGAUGCUUUGAAAUGUUAUUGCCUCCUUCCCAAACACUUAAUUAUUUUUGUUGUUUUUUGAUGGACUUGUUGGGGAGAUCUUGAUGGAUA